AUGGCCACCGUGAUGAUCUUGUCAGAGCCCCACAGCCGGGGCUGGGGGUACAGCGACACCCAGGGGUUGGGGUCCAGGACUUGUGUUGACCCUACUGGCCCGGAAGUCAGGGCUUUUAGUUCUGCCCAAGGUUUGCAGCAGUUCCCCCUGCAUCCUGGAGACAGAAGACUUAGUAAACAAGACUAUUUUGGGUGCUGCUGGUGGAUUGGACUCGAGAGGGAGCUGGCCCGGCCCCAAGGGACCUGCAGAAGGUUCAGGGAGGAGCUGCUGCCAGAGUGGGCAGGCACCCGAGCCUUAUGGGAUGGAGACGACGACGGCCCCAUUUUACAGAGAUGGAAACAAGGCCCAGAAAGAUCAAGUAAUUUCCCCCAGGUCACCCCACAGCGUGACGCAGUGCAUUGCACAAUCCAGCGCUGCAGCCAGCCCCUGAAACUGGACACCAGCUUCAAGAUCCUGGACCAAGUCAUCAUCCAGGAGCUCACAGCCCCAUUACUUACCACAGCCCAGGUGAAACCAGGAGAGACCCAGGAGGAAGAGGCCAACCCAGGGGAGGAACCAUUUGUGGAAACCUGCCAGGACGGCGUCUCCCGCCGGUUCAUCCCCCGAGCCAGGACGCUGUCUACAGAGAGCGCCAACAGCUUCACACUCAUCGGGGAGGCAUCCGGCGGCGAUACCAUGGAGAACCUCAGCCGCAGACUGAAGGUCACUGGGGACCUUUUUGACAUCAUGUCGGGCCAGACAGAUGUGGACCACUCGCUGUGUGAGGAGUGUACAGAUACACUGCUGGGCCGGCUGGACACGCAGCUCCAUGUCACCGGGAAUGAGUGUCAGAACUACAAGCGCUGUUUGGAGAUCCUGGAGCAGAUGAACCAGGAUGACAUUGAGCAACUGCAGCGGGAGUUGAAGGAGCUCACCCUGGAGGAGGAGCGGCUGAUCCAGGAGCUAGAGGAGGUGGAAAAGAACCGCAAAGUGGUGGCCGAGAACUUGGAGACGGUGCAGGCAGAGGCAGAGCGGCUGGACCAGGAGGAAGCCCAGUACCAGCGGGAAUACAAAGAGUUUAAAUGGCAGCAGCCGGAGCUGGAUGAUGAGCUGAAGAGUGUAGAGAACCAGAUGCGCUAUGCGCAGGUGCAGCUGGACAAGUUGAAGAAGACCAACGUCUUCAACGCCACCUUCCACAUCUGGCACAGCGGGCAGUUCGGCACCAUCAAUAACUUCAGGCUGGGGGGCCUACCCAGCGUCCCUGUGGAGUGGAACGAGAUCAAUGCUGCGUGGAGCCAGACUGUGCUGCUGCGGCACGCCCUGGCCAACAAGAUGGGUCUGAGGUUUCAGAGGUAUCGACUUGUUCCCUAUGGAAACCAUUCAUACCUGGAGUCCCUGGCAGACAAAUCCAAGGAGCUGCCAUUGUACUGUCCUGGGGGGCUGAGGUUUUUCUGGGACAAAAAAUUCGACCACAUGGCCAUGGUGGCUUUCCUGGACUGUGUGCAGCAGUUCAAAGAGGAGGUGGAGAAAGGCGAGACACGGUUUUGUCUUCCAUACAGGAUGGACGUGGAGAAAGGCAAGAUUGAGGAUACUGGCGGCAGUGGGGGCUCCUACUCCAUCAAAACCCAGUUCAACUCUGAGGAGCAGUGGACAAAAGCACUCAAGUUCAUGCUGACCAAUCUGAAGUGGGGUCUUGCCUGGGUUUCCUCACAGUUUUAUAACAAAUGACUUUUUUUUUUUCCUUAGGGGGAUGUCUGCCUAAAAGACUAAAUUUUGUUUUG